AUGUUCAGCAAACGUAGCAGUCAGUUUCCUAAUCAAGAAACAAAGUGUGAUUUGUUGCUAAAAGAACUUCAGGUAAUAUGGGAUGAACUUGGAGAAUCUGAUUCUCAAAAGGAUGCAAUGGUGCUUGAAAUAGAACAGAUGUGUCUGGAGUUGUAUAAGAAAAAAGUGGAUGAAGCUAAACUGUAUAGAGCACAACUUCAACAUGAAAUUGCUGAUUAUGAAGUAGAAAUUGCUGACAUCUGUACUGCAAUCGGCGAACAACCACUACAUUUUGAGCCUAAGUCUUGUGGAAACUUGAAGAAAAAACGUGAAGGUGUUGUUUCACAACUUGAGGAGUUGCGCAAGUUGAAAACUGAAAGGAAGAUGGAGUUUUUGGAAGUUUUAUAUCAGUUGCAGAAUAUUUCCAGUGAGCUGCAUGGCAGUGUGGGAGAGCAUGCAUAUCUAGAUGAGAAGAACUUAUCUUUUAAAAAACUAGAAGAAUUAAAGAGGCAGUUACUUCAAUAUCAAAAUGAAAAGGCUAGUCGACUGAAACAGGUAUCUGACCAACUGGACACUCUUAGUUCAUUUUGCUCGGUGCUUGGACUGGAUGUCAAAGACAAAAUUUGUGAGAUUUGCCCCACUAUGACUUCUACUGUUGCAAAAGAUUUAAGUGACCAGGCAUUAAAGAGUUUGACUUCUGAAGUACAGAAUUUGCGAGGGGUUAAAAUGCAGAGAAUGCAGAAGCUUCAAAGUUUUACUACUUCAUUAUUAGAGAUGUGGAAUUUGAUGGAUACCCCACUUGAGGAACAACAGAAAUUUCACAACAUGACAAGUAAAAUUGCUGCUUUGGAAUCUGAAUUUACUGAGCCUAACAUGCUGUCAAUGGACAACAUCAUCUACGUUGAGAGAGAAGUUAAAAGGCUUGAACAACUCAAAUCAACCAAAAUUAAAGAACUUGUACAGCGAAAGAAGUUGGAGUUGGAGGAAAUAUCCGAAAGUACACAUUUGACUGCACAAACGAUUUUUCCUAGUGGACAGUCAAUUGAAUCAUUAGACUCUGAAUCUGCAAACCAUGAACACCUGUUAGAACAAAUUGAUUACCAAAUUUCAAAGACAAAAGAAGAAGCUCUUAGCAGGAAAGAAAUCCUUGAAAAGGUUGAGAAGUGGUUUUCUGCUAUUCAAGAAGAAAGCUGGCUUGAGGAGUACAACAGGGAUGAUAAUCGAUAUAAUGCUGGAAGAGGUGCACAUCUUGCUUUGAAACGUGCUGAGAAGGCCCGUGUUUUAUCAAGCAAAAUUCCUGGGAUGACUGAGGCAUUAAUUUCAAAAGUUGCAGCAUGGGAAAAAGAAAGGGGAUUCGAGUUUUUAUAUGAUGGAACCCGGCUGCUUUCCAUGCUUGAAGAUUACAACACCAUAAGGCAGGAGAAAGAGAAUGAAAAGCAAAAGCAGAAGGAACAAAAAAGACAAAAGGCACAACUGAUGGCAGAGCAUGAAACACUUUUCGGGUCAAAAUCCAGCCCAUGUAAAAGUGGGAUAAAGGCUUCCAGAUGUUCAACAGCAGGAGUUACAAAUACCAGAAAAUUUUCUGCUGGUGGAGCAAUGCUUCAGGAUCUAAGACAAACAACUCUUAUUCAGCAAUCUAAUAAAAAAGGAAAGGGCACCCCUAAGGUUUUUGAUCAUUCAGUGAAGAAGACUGCACAAAGUGCAGAAAAGGGAAUUGGAAUUCAGUCACCAUUAACUAGGAAACCCCUCUCUCCUGUUAAUUCAAAAGUCCUAUAUAAAGCCAAUAUAACAAAUUUUCAAGAGCCUAGAAAAAUACAGAAUGUUGUAAAGAAACCAAUGCAUCAAAAAGACGAAAUGCUAACAGGGACUCCUCCACCUUCCAAGCCAUUUAUUGUUGGAGAUGAAGAGAACAGGACCCCAAAAAAUAUGGGACUUCCUGUGCCAACCACUCCUUUAACUUUCCCUAUGUUGACUGCUGCUACACCAGACAAUCUUAUUUCUAAGGCUUCUGCAAAGACUGCUCAAUCAUCUGAGUAUUCAGUUGAGGAGUUGAGAGCUGAUUUUGUCCUACCUAAGACUGAUGCUUGACUCGAUUGUUUGGAAAGGAAGUUCAAUCAACACAAGAUAGCCAUAGGUUGCUGACAAAUUCUCUGUUUUGCAGCAGCUAGUUUUUCUUUUUCUUUUAAAUAGUACUGGUUUGGUGCUUCACUAAGCACAUGUUAAUUUCUGUUGAAACUUGUCCAAAGUUAAACCAUAUAUUUUGGUGAGACUUCAUCAACUUAAUACUUUUGUUUUAAUUUAAAUGGUUGUUCGUUUGGUGCAAUAUGUUAAUUUUGGUUGAAACUUGUCCAAAGCUAAAGCCGUAUUUUUUGGCGAAAUUUCAUCAAAUUAAUACUUAUU